AUGUCUUCUACCAAAGUACUCGGAGUAUCUCAACCAAUCUCUCUGGCAGCUCCAAGUCAAAAGGAUAUUUCACUCGACAAGUCGCUGAAUGAAUAUCUCAAGACGCGCAAAUGUUUCGAAUCUAAAGAUGAAACCUUUCAACGUGUCAAAACUCUUUCGAAACUCAAUCUAUUGGUCAAGAAAUGGAUCAAAAGUCUCACAGAUGUACGGAUUCCAAAUGGAAGACAAGUGGAUGCAGGUGGAAAACUGAUGGCGUUUGGUUCUUAUCGUCUCGGAGUUCACAGCUCUGGAGCCGAUAUCGAUACAGUUAUCAUUGCUCCACGACACGUCACUCGCAUGGAUUUCUUCACUUCUUUCAAACAAAUUCUUAUGAAGGAUCCAAAUGUGAAGGAGUUGCAAGCAGUCGAGAAUGCCUUCGUGCCGAUUAUAACGAUGAGUUACUCUGGAAUCGAACUCGACGUGUUAUUCGCAAGACUCGAUCAGCCAACGAUCCCAGAGAAUAUCGAUUUAUCAGAUGACUCCCUUCUCGUGAAUUUGGAUGAAUCCAGUAUCAGAAGUUUGAAUGGAAUUCGAGUGGCUGAGCAGCUUUUGAAGCUUGUUCCAAAUCAAGAUACUUUCCGUCAAUCACUCAGAGCAAUCAAGUUAUGGGCGAAGAAUCAUGGAGUAUACUCGAAUGCAAUGGGUUUUUUCGGAGGCAUCACCUGGGCUAUUCUGGUUGCAAGGACGUGUCAAUUGUAUCCAAAUGCAGCUCCAUCGAAGAUAAUUCAAAAGGUUUUCUUCGUGUUUUCGACAUGGAAAUGGCCAUCUCCCGUUGUUCUGAAGCAGUUUGGUUGUGUGGAUUCAAAAUUGGCAAAUCUGAAUAAAUUGAUUUGGAAUCCGCGAAAAAAUGUAGCCGAUCGAUAUCAUCUGAUGCCAAUUCUGACUCCAGCGUUCCCGGAACAGAAUUCCACUCACAACGUCUCGAAAUCAACUCUCCAUAUAAUUCAAGAGGAAAUGAAGUCUGCAUUGGAGAUUUGUAAUCGGAUUCAAGAGGGAAAUGCCACGUGGAACGACCUGUUCGAAGAGAUCAAUUUCUUCAGUCGAUACAAACAUUUCGUCGCUUUGACAAUCAACGAGGACACCAAUAUUGGAUUCUUUGAAUCGAAAAUCCGCCAAUUGGUUCAGAUUAUGGAGAGGAACUGUCAAGUGAAAAUAGCUCACAUCAAUCCAAGAAAACUGAAGAACAAUCGAAAUGAAUCCACUUGGUUCCUGGGAUUGGAGUUUACGGAGAACGCAAAAAACUUGGAUUUGACGUCUGAAAUUGAAGGAUUCAAACGGAAUAUGGCAAGACAUCAGGCAAAAGGAAUAGUAGGUCAAAUACAGUUGGAUGCCACGUAUGUCAAAAGAAGUGACCUCAUCAAAUUCAUUUCUCUCGGAGAUUUGAAACGAGGACGAUUUGUGAACAAGACUGCUGUCAAUCGGAAACGUCCAGCUUCAUCUGGAGACUCGAGGGAGACUAAGAAGCCACGUGUCAUCGAUAUGUCUGCAGUGGAUUCAAUCUUGCUCAAGUUGAAACACAAUCAGUAA